CGCAGGCAGGUUCGUUGGCGGCCGGUGAUUUUCUGCUUCAUUUCUUAACACACCAGCUCUGGGUCCAAACUCAGGAGGGGUGCUUUAAGAAAUUGAACAGCAUCUCAGGAAGAGUGCCAGACAGCGUACUUUAUCAAAGAAUGGGAAAAUCGGAAAGCCAGAUGGACAUCAUGGAGAAAUCAGCCAAACCCGGGAAACAUCGCUGGAGUGCUGCCGAGAUAGGGCUGUCGGUGCUGCUGCUGCUAGUGAGCUGCGCGCUGGUGGGUCUCAUUGUCCUUUACACAGCCGCUGUGCGAGAAAGGUCAGACCGAACUGUAUCCAAGGGCAAGGUCACUGAAGGGCUAAUGUACCGUUCCAGUGUCAACAGCAUAUGCACCACUUCAGACUGUGUCACAGCAGCGGCCAGGCUGCUCCAGAACAUGGAUUCGCAGACGGAGCCUUGUCAGAACUUCUACCAGUACGCCUGCGGGGGUUGGCAGGAGAGGCACGUGAUCCCCGAGACCAGCUCCCACCACAGCGUCUUCGACAUCCUUCGCGGGGACCUGGAGAUCGUGCUCAAGGGAGUGCUGGAGACGCAGCAGGAACAAGACCGGGAGGCUUUCAGGAAAGUCAAGCUGCUUUACAGCUCAUGCAUGAAUGAGAGUCUGAUUGAGCAACGCGACUCCCAGCCGUUGCUGAAGCUCAUCGAGAGCGUUGGAGACUGGCCAGUGGCCUCAGACGACUGGAACAGCACAGCAGAAGAUUCCUGGAGCCUGGAAGACACUCUCGCUACCCUUAUAACCCGGUUUCACAAAAAGGCUCUGUUCGACAUGUUUGUGUGGACAGAUGAUCAAGACUCCAGUCGUCACAUCUUACACAUCGAUCAACCUGGAUUGGGGAUGCCAUCCAGAGAAUAUUACUUCAAUGAUGGAAACUACAAAAGGGUGAGAGAGGCCUAUCAGCAGUUCAUGGUUACCAUGGCGAGUAUUGCCCGUGAGGACAGGAACCUGACCCAGGACGACGAGCAUGUGUGGGAGGAGAUGAUGCAGGUCAUGGAGCUGGAGAGAGACAUCGCCAAUGCCACUACCCCACCUGAGGAACGUCAGGACAUCACAGUAUUAUACAACAAGAUGACCCUCACUGAGCUGCAGGAGAACUUCAGCCUCAAUGGCUUCAACUGGACACGCUUUAUUCAAGGGGUCAUGUCCAGUGUGUCCAUAACAGUGCACCAGGAAGAGGAGGUGGUGGUCUACGGAGUCCCCUACUUGGAGAGGCUGACCGAUGUCCUCUCUAAACAUGACCGCAGGACUCUGCAGAAUUUUCUCACCUGGCACUUAGUUAUUGAGAGAGUUGGUGGUCUGAGCCGACGCUUCAAAGACGCUCGAGCACAUUACAGAAAGGUGUUGUUUGGCACCACGGUGGAAGAGGCUCGCUGGCGCGACUGCGUGCGGUACGUCCAAGGAAGCAUGGUGAACGCCGUGGGUGCCCUCUACGUACGGGAGGCCUUCGACGGAGACAGCAAGCGCAUGGUCAGCGACCUCAUCCGAAUGAUGCAGGCUGCAUAUAUGGACACGCUGGAGGAGUUGAACUGGAUGGAUGCUGCAUCAAAGGAAAAGGCUCGAGAGAAGGUGUUGGCAAUCAAGGAACAGAUUGGCUACCCUGACCACAUCCUGGAAAAAAACAACCAGAAAUUGGAUGAGGAGUAUGCCCAUCUGAACUUCAGUGAAAACUACUUUGAGAACAUUCUGCAGAACCUGCAAGCCGGGUCCAAGAAGAGUUUAAAGAAGCUCAGGGAGCCAGUGGACCCACACAUGUGGAUCAUUGGCGCGGCUGAAGUGAAUGCUUUCUACUCUCCAAACAGAAACCAAAUAGUUUUUCCUGCUGGAAUUCUGCAGCCCCCGUUCUUCAGCAAAAGUCAGCUCCAGGCUCUCAACUUCGGUGGAAUUGGAAUGGUGAUCGGGCACGAAAUUAUUCAUGGCUUUGAUGACCAUGGUCGUAACUUUGACAAGGAUGGGAACAUGUACAAUUGGUGGAGUAACUACUCCGCAGAGCACUUUAAGGAGCAGUCUCAGUGCAUGGUGCACCAGUACGGAAACUUCAACUGGAAGUUGGCCGGAGGACAAAACGUUAGUGGCAUAAGUACCCUUGGGGAGAAUAUUGCUGACAAUGGAGGAAUUCGUCAAGCGUAUAAGGCGUACCUUAAAUGGGUUGAGAAAGAAGGAGAGGAGCCUCGACUGCCUGGUCUUGACCUGGACCACAAACAGCUCUUCUUCCUCAACUUUGCUCAGGUGUGGUGCGGUGCCUAUAGGCCUGAAUUUGCCAGCCAGUCGAUCAAGACAGAUUCUCACAGCCCUCUGGAGUACAGGGUUCUGGGGUCCCUGCAGAAUUUCGAGGCCUUCUCCGAGGCAUUCCAGUGCAAAAGAGGUGCACCCAUGAACCCGGAAGUGAAAUGCAGAGUGUGGUAGCCAGUGACUGGUUUCCUUCUCUUCCUCAUCUUCCUCCUCCGCGGAUGGAUCGACUUUGUGAUUCGGGCAGCAGCUACUGUAGGUGCCUAAAUGUCAUUUUGAGUCACAACCAUACAAUAGUGGCACACUGCCUUAUAUUUCACCUGAUCCCCUGACUUGGUGAAUAUAGAUACCUACCUUGAUAUGUGUAGUGUACACAAGAUCGUAUACACGUGUGAUGUGUGAGAGCUCUAAGACUGUAGCUUUCACUCCACAAUGAAAUAUGAGGGGGCAUGGGGAAAGAAACUUGCUUUUUGCGUGUGUACAGCUACUUAAAAUGUAGCUAAUAGUCUAUUGUUGGAUCUGUUUUUUCCUGUACUUGUUGCUAAGUGACUGUUACGUCGUAUAUAUAUAUAUAUAUAUACAUAUAUAUACGCUCUAAAAAUAUGUUUGGAACGACCAUUUGGAAUGAUGACGUGGUCAAAAUGUCAGGACCUGUGCUUGUCUUUCAUCAUAUAGAGCAAACUAUGAACGUGUUUGACGGCAUCAUGUGCCAUGAUUUGAGGUUUGGAUCAUUUAGCUUUUUAAAAUUGAGAUCCACAAUAUAUAUAUAAACAUAUAUAUUCUUUGAGAUUAUCUUCAGCCUUUUACAAUGUAUUGCUUUGGGUCAAACUAUGUGUUUGUUUUUUUAACUGACUGGAUACAUUCAAAUAAAGGGCAGGUUUUUACAGUGUGCAAUUUGCAUGACUGAAAGUCACAAACCGACACACCGAUUAACAAUCAGACAGCUUUGAUUGUGAUCAGGAUGGAUUUACUGUAUUUGUAACAGGGCUGACACAAUCCCUACAAGCUACAGCAAUUUAGCUAAAGACUCUAUGACUGUUAACUUCACACUCACAGCUUUACCUGUUCAUGCUCAGCAUUCACUGAUUGUUACUGUUAAUUAUUUAAUGAAACUGCCUCAGUAUGUGAAAAAAGUGUAUCUAUAUAUUUACAAUGGAGGCAUUUGAAUGUAACUUUAUUGAAAGUUGGGUGACUGCAGCAUUCACUACGUCCCUUUUUCAAAUGAAGCAGUUGUUUAUCAUCUCUGAUGUUGGCUUAAUCUGAGACAUUUCCUUCAUACCUGUGCCUCAGAAGCUUAGUGUUGAGAGUGCCUGUGGUCUCCUGUGAGUCAGUCAGUCAGGCAGAGGGAGACAGAAGGGAGGCCUUAUGUCAUGCCAAGGAAUGUUCUGUUGUGCCGCUAUCAACCCACUUUUGAAAUAAGGGAGGCAUUGUUAAUUCUGGAAGGAAAGGCGUUCUGUUCUCCUUCGAGGCCCGACUGAGGCCUGAGUGACCCUUGUAGUAUUCUGCCCCUCUGUCUGCCCCAUUCUAAGGUGUGUUUGCUCUCCUUCAUCGCCCCAGAGGUCAAACCUCAUUAUAGCACCACAGAGAUGGCCCCUGACAGGCAUUCCUGCUGUUCUUGGCUUGGUAAGGGACUCAAACAUUUUUUGGGGGGAAAAUAUUUUUUACAGAUAUGGUUGGAUUGAAUUAGCAGCCUACUUCUUAUAUCUUCUGAGACAACGUUUGUCUGUGUUCGGUCCUGUUGUGGGUGCGGAUGCAAUUUUUUUUUUGCACAAGAUCUCAAGUCAUAUUUCUUCUUGUGAGAAAUGUGUGUCAGUGAUUUGUGAUGGCUGUUGGUUUUGAGGCCAAUAUGUCAAUAGAACAUCCCCUGACUUCACAUGGAUAACAUCAUUUUGAGGGAACCUUGGAAUGAUGUUGGGAGAAUAGGCAUAACUGAGGCUGAGACAGGGAAAGGAGUCUUGAAGAGAUCAUAUUGGGUGACAGUGGCUUGGCUGGAAAAAGAACGUUUGUCCCUUUUUUAUCUCCCAGAUUGAUAAUCUGCACAGG